CGGUCUGGGUAAAACUGUCUCGCGAUUUGCGAUUCGGGUUCUUCGAUCGCUCGGCGUCUUGUUGAACCGAUCGCCCCCUUGUUUAUAGGUUUUCUGCUGUGUGAAUGGGCGUUUCGUAGGUCGCCCAUGUUGAUGUGAUUGGAUUUUUCACGAUAUAGUAUUUGACUGCCUUUAUAGUGAUAAUUUGAGCUCCUAAUUCUCUCUCUUUCUCCCCCCGAUGUUGCAUCAUUGCUGUGUUUUCGCAAUCGUCAACGAGGUGUUUGAUCUAUCUAUGUUCGAAAAUGUAGGUUCUGUUUGGCGGUACAAUGGGACUGCCUCUUGUAAUCAUAGUGAACUUCUUUCCCUUGCUGGUUUGGACACUUUGUUCCUAAUGGUUGAUUGUCCCCCCUCCUCAGCCCAACUGUAUCAGCUUUCUGCUUCCAGGAUUUAUUGCCAAAAGGACAAAAUGCUCAUCCCAGAUGAUGAGUCCUUUUGGAGGGAGGGAGGGAGGGAGGUUCAAACUUGUAACUGCUGUGCAGUGUCAUUAAUCUGCGAGAGCUUGAACUUAGGCUGACUGAAGAUGGGACCUGACUUCAAUUGGCCCUUUCUGAUAUUUUAACCACUGGUUCUCCGUGUGCGCUCGUCGUUCGACGGAACUUUCUCUAGUCAUAUCGAUCAUAGGG